GCGGCGGCAACAGCAGCAGCAGCGAGCAACCGGCGUGGGGCUUCCCCUACGGGGCCCCCGCCUCGGGGCGGCGGUGGCUGCGGCCGCGGCGGCGAUGUUCUCGGUGCUGUCGUACGGCCGCCUAGUGGCCCGGGCCGUGCUGGGCGGCCUCUCGCAGACCGAUCCUCGGGCGGGCGGCGGCGGGGGAGCCGGCGGCGGGGACUACGGGCUAGUGACGGCCGGCUGCGGCUUCGGCAAGGACUUCCGCAAGGGCCUGCUCAAGAAGGGCGUCUGCUAUGGGGACGACGCUUGCUUCGUGGCCCGCCAUCGCUCCGCCGACGUGCUGGGGGUAGCAGAUGGUGUAGGAGGCUGGAGAGACUAUGGAGUUGAUCCGUCUCAGUUCUCAGGGACUUUAAUGCGAACGUGUGAACGCUUAGUAAAAGAAGGCCGGUUCAUCCCAAGUAAUCCUGUGGGGAUUCUCACCACGAGUUACUGUGAGCUGCUGCAAAAUAAAAUACCUUUGCUCGGGAGCAGCACAGCUUGCAUUGUGGUUCUGGAUCGGACGAGCCACCGCCUGCACACAGCCAACCUGGGGGACUCGGGCUUUCUGGUAGUGCGAGGAGGAGAGGUGGUCCACAGAUCGGACGAGCAGCAGCACUACUUCAACACUCCGUUUCAGCUUUCCAUAGCACCUCCCGAGGCAGAGGGCGUCGUCCUAAGUGACAGCCCCGAUGCUGCUGACAGCACUUCUUUUGACGUCCAGUUAGGGGACAUUAUCCUGACAGCCACAGACGGGCUUUUUGACAACAUGCCCGAUUAUAUGAUCCUGCAGGAGCUGAAAAAGUUAAAGAAUUCUAAUUAUGAAAGUAUACAACAGACUGCAAGAAGCAUUGCUGAGCAAGCUCAUGAGCUGGCAUAUGACCCAAAUUAUAUGUCACCUUUUGCCCAGUUUGCAUGUGACAACGGAUUGAAUGUGAGAGGAGGAAAACCUGAUGACAUCACCGUCCUCCUUUCCAUUGUAGCCGAGUACACAGACUAACUCCCCUCGAUGUCAACCUCUGACUUUCCUCUUCCUGUGUGUGGACUGUUCCUGCUGGCAGGACCGCGUUUUCCUUCGCCGCCGAUCUCAAUGGCCAGUGAUUUACGCCUGUCGCCUGUCUUUUUACAAUCCAGUUGAGAUCCUUGUUACGAACCACUACUGUCAUACUACUAGCUCAUGUCUGCCAGCAACAACUGAAGAAAAUGCAAGACUUGAAGUUUGUCCUUCAUCACUAGUCAUCCUUCGCAGGGAGAGGUGGAAGGAAGACCUUCAGAGCCAAAUCAGUGGCUGCUACUUUCCAGAAUUCAAUCGAAUUAUUGAAACUGAGUAAUGUUGGUAGAUUGUAAUUCCAAACUAGAAUGUGUAAAAUGUAUUUUUUAAAAAACCAUCAUAAAGUGUACGCUACUACAUCUACUAGAAAAAUGCAUUACUCAUUGAAGGAAAUGUUACACACGAACCUUCACAUGCAUAGUCUGUUGUUGUAAGAUGAUAGAGUAUGUCUGUGUGUUUCUGGUAUAACCCCCUAUUUUUCAGGGGCUUAGAAUUCUGCUGUAAAACAUUGCUCUGAAUUCAUUUUAAGCUCUGGAUUCAUCUUAAAGGCUUGAGCCCAGGAGCCCUUUCAUUACAAAAUUGAGAGAGAAAUCAGUUUAAACUCUUAUGGAUGCAAAUGUUUGUGCUUUUUAAAAGAUGCUUAAUUGUGCUCCAGUGACUAAAAUUUUAGUAGCUCAUUAGUCCAGAUAAAAUGGGCUUAUGGGAUAGUUUUGAAAAGCUAUGAGGGUUGAGAGAGGAGAUACUCUUUGUCAAGUUUAAUUGGAAGUCAGGGGAGAGGAAAUAUUAUUCCUGAGGUUGUAAGCAAACUUUUUAAAGCUCAGAGAUGUACGAUUAUGGCAAUGUGUUGUGGGGAGGUAGGCCAAUGUCUCUGUGCAAGGAGGAGAGAUCGAAUGGAGGUUCAGGGACUUGAAACGGCUGGCCACGACCUUGAAAGGUGUUGGCUUCUGGUUACGUAGACCCACUCUGUGUAGCACACACUGCAUCAAGUUUAAGUUGAUGGGUAUCAGCAAACACUUAGUGUAAUGGCAAGAGCACUUAAAGACCCCCCAAAAAAAAUUCUUGUGAAAAUCUGACAUUGGAAGUUUCCCUAAAAGAAACUCAGGGAUGUCAGAUUCAAACUUAAUGUUUACAGUUUCUUAAUAGCCAUUUUACAAUAUACUGUUUCCAUUUAAAUUACCCAGCAUCCAAAUUCUCCAUUAUCUGCAAGCUGACAUUUACUUUUGAGGCUCAUUUAAAAGUUGACUGCUGUAAAGAUAUAUUUUGGGGUCAGUUUUCCUUUUUUCCAUUAACUUGGUGGUAGAAAGAUAUAUACUUAGAAAUCCUUAAAUUAAAGCCAUGUUUUAUAUAUACAUAUAUAUAUAUUAAAAAAAAAAAAAGUCAGGUAACAUUGGUGUUUAGAUGAGAAUGCAAUUAAACCGGGUGUAAGUAUCUACUUGAGGAGAAUGUGGAAAAAAAAAGUCUUGUUUUCCUCUAAAGAAGAUCAUCUUCUGCCUGGUUUAUUGCAUUAAAACUGUUAUGUUUGAGGUUACCUCAACUGGUUUUAAAAGUUUUUUUUUUUUUUGUUUUUUUUUUUUUUGUGAAGUUGUACUGUAUAUUUGCAAAACUGUAUGUCAGGCUUUGGUUUUAUUUAAAAAUUGUUUAACAUGUACCAUGUACAUGUCAUUACUAUAUUUCAAAGCAUCAUGCUUGUAACAGGCAUUUCAUUUAUAAUGAGAAUGAGUUAUUCAUUUGUAAGCCGUUCAGUAAUUUAUCUACUAUUCCUAAAUUGGCAUAAUGUUAGAUAUAUAUAUAUAUAUAUUUUGAAUCACCUUUAAUUACAUGUCAGAAUGCCUUAACUACCCUAACUUGAUAAAAAAAAAAAAAUAGCAUUGGUAGAGGGGGGGAUGGGUGAGGGGAGGGAGCGUUAGAAUAAUGCGAAAUUGUAGUGCUGUGGUAAGACGUGGAAGAGUGAGUGUGGCACGUGGCGGGUAUUUAUUUUGCACAAACUAUUUGCAGUCUAUAUGUUUUUAAGAAACAGAAGGUUGCAUCCAGAUGGAUUUUUUUUUUUGAAAGGAAUAUAUUCAUAUUAAGGCUGAUGGCUUAAUUUCUUUCGUUUGGGGUUCUAAAAUGUUUCUGGUGUGAGGCAUUUGGCCUCUUGAUCUGGAUGUUUUUGCAUUAAUUUUCCAAUGCCUCCGAUUUUGGUUCCUGGGAAGAGGAGAGCUGGUAAAUGACUUGGCUACUCUGCUCAGAUUUAACCCCAAACAGUCUAUAUAGAGCUAGCCAGGUGGUAUUUUACACAGUUGACUUAAUCAGCUUAAAGUCUUGCUUGACAAAUGGUUGCUAGAGAAUCGAAUCAACAAUUUGUUCUUGUGAUGUUGAGAGUUCUACCGUGGAAAUGCCCUAGUACUUGACCUAUAAAUGAAUAACCCAAAGUCUUUUCUCCCUCCUUGUCCCUCCCUUCCCCUGGUUUCCCCGUGCUAUGGGUGUCAUAGCCACCCUUUUGUUAACUGUUAGGGGGGUUAUCAAUCAGCCACUGCUCUUUCCCUUUCCCUCAGCGGUUUGAGAUUGUUUUUGACCCUUUGGGGAAUUCUAGAUCUUGGGGAAUGACUGGCUGAGCUGUGCCACUUCAUAAGUGUGAUUCUAAACCUGAUGUUUGUGCUAAUGAGAGCUUAAAUCAAGCAGUAUAAGUGAAGCCAUUUGCCUCAUGUAAUGGACUUUUAUAGCAAAAAGAGAAAAUUUGGAUUUUUAAUUUACAAAUUACAAAUUAUUUAUCCCUCACUGGAUGCACCAAAGACCAGUAAAGUUUAUAGCUUUUCCAUCUAUAUUUAUAAAGCAAUACUGUAUUAUAAAGAAUUAAUAUUUUUAUCACAUGCUUGAAAAUUUUAUUUUGUUCUGUUUGAAAAUGUGCACUCUAAACAUAUCAAAACCUUAUUUCUUCCUACGAACUUAAGCUGCCUGCGCACAAAAAAAAAUCUACUGAAUGGAGAUAACAGUGGGGUCCAUGUGCUUUUUUUUUUUUUUUUUAAACCCAGGGUAGAGGGAAGAAGAAAAAUAAAGAGAAAAACAGUAAUUUUUUUUUUUUUUGGUCCUAUAAUAAUAGGGUAAUGUAGUGGCUUGACAUGAUUGAUGGGUACUAAACCACAAAGAGAAUCCAUUCCAGGUAUGUUUGUUUGAGGGUCGUACUUGUAUAAAAUAUUAGAUUCAGUGCUUUGCUUGAUGGAGAAAGUUUCCUCUGUCAAGGGAACUAUUCUGAAGUAAACAUCCCACACCAAGUAACAAGUCCAGGAGUGUGGGGAUUUCUUUGGAGAAAGUCAGUGUUAAGGAUAAGUAGAUAAGAUGGGCUUUUGACUACAAAAUGUCUUUGCUUUCAGAUUUUAAUGAUUCCUUGUCACCUUACUUGCUGUCUUUUGUUCAAACUAGCACUUCCAAUUUCCCUGGGGAAAAAAAUACAUUGCACUUAAGGAAAAAAAGUUUAAAAUAUAAGAAAUCAGAAUCUUGAUUCCAUUUAUACAGAUGAACAUAUGAACGGAGAACUAACAUAAGAUUUUGAUUCCAAUCAUAGGAAAUUUGGGGAAAAAAGAAUUCUGAAUUGAAAAUUGGCUAUUUCUUUCUAUUCAGAUUACAACUGUGUCAAACGCGGCUUAUGGCAAAGUUGGCUAAAAUAAUAAAGCAAAAUUGAAUCUGUACCUGUACUAAUGAGAAUUUUUUUUCUUUUGAGACUAUCAUUACCUGUCUUCUAAGAGGCAAGUACCUGAAUUGGAUGUCUGAAGUAUAACUUAUGCAGGAAUAGUUAUGUACAUACAUUUAAAUAAACUGUAAAGAUAUUUAAUAAAUAUAGUAUUUAUACUAAAA